AUGAACACCUCUCUCGACCGAGAUGAGUAUGAAAUUGAUCAAUCUUCUCUCCAAGCACCCCCUCUUGACCAUAACAAUCUGACAAUGGAUCAUUCCUUGCCCUUAAACCAUCCAACUAACAUACCCUCCUUCAUUCACUUCCUAAUUCAACAUCUCUCUUUCUCCACUUACCUCUCAUCCACCUCGCUUCUAACCCUCCAACGUCUAAACCAUCAAUUCUUCCACCUGAUCACACCACUGUUCUAUACCAAGCUCAAGAUCGACUUGAACGACCCACGUAAUCCUGCUACGUCAAUCUCGCCAUACAACUUCUUCCCUAAUCCGAAACCUCCCUUUUCUAAAUAUAAGUCACUAGCAUUGGGUUAUGUAGAAGAUUUAGAGUGGAUCAAUUGUCAUUCAUCACAAUGUAAAGCCUUUUUAUCACUGUCUGAUAAUGUCAAUACGACCACGACUACGACAACAACUACCACUGUUAGUACCAGUACCAGUACCAUUGUAGAUGUCAAAGUCAAAGUGGAUGGGAAUGGUGGAUUGACAUUACCUAUACUAAGCAAUUGUCGAAUCACCUUACCCGCGGGAAGAUAUAAAUCGUGGUGUGGAAUAGAUAAUUUAAUAUCUACAGAUAUAAAAACCAAAGAAGAUAUACGAUGUGGAGUACUUAGAAGGUUGAGGGCAAAUAAGGUGAUAGUGGAGAUUGAAAGGUUUGGUAGGAUUGAUUUGUUCGGGAGGAAGGAUCUGUUCGAACAUGAUGAGUUGGUUUGUAGGAUUGGAUAUGUGGGGGAAGAUGCUACCUUGUUAAGAGAGAAGGAGUGGCCUACAACGUUGAACAAUGAAGAUCAAGAUCAAGAUAAAAGUACAGAUGAAAGGGUUGAAACGAGUAAGCAGUUAGAAGAUUUUGGUGUUGAAUCAGAGCAAGAGCAAGUCAUAACACAAAGUACCGACCUUCAGUUUCAACCCAUUCCUCGAGAAUUCAUUCAAUCACUUGAUAUCCUCCCAUCACUCAAUGCCAAUAAUACAGUACGGAACCUAACUAUGAUCUUCCUCUCUCCUCCUCGGAACAAGAUCGCUAGGAAGUUGACUUCGGAUGAUCAACGGACGGAUGCACAGCGAAUCAGCCAUCAUCUCCUAGCUCUAGCAUCUACCUUAUGCUCAACAAAAAGCGAAAAGACAUUUGAGAAAGUGCGGUUGGUCAAUAUAGGAGUUUUGUUAUUUUACAAAUAUGGAAUCAAAAGGGAAGAAAGUGAUUUGAGGAACAUGCAAGAUGAAAUUAAGAAUAAACUGGUCAGGUUGAUCAAAAUCCGAGUAGGACUAGGAUUGGUAGACGAUAUAAUGAGCAAAGUGGAAUUUGUAUUAUUAGAUGAAUACUUGAAAGAAGAGAAGAAAAGGACUGAACAAGUUAGACUGAGAGCGAAAUCCGGUCAGAAGAAUGUAAGGUUGUUGUAUUGA